UGGUACUCCCCGGAAGUGACGUCAAGGCCUCCUAGACCGGCUUCCGGUCCUGCCGGAAGUGGCGGACGGAGGCCGGUGGAUCCCGCGACUGUGGAAGGCGAGGUGACCCCGGUGCCGCCGCCACCAUGGGCCGCGAGUUUGGGAAGCUGACCCGGGUGCGGCACGUGAUCACCUACAGCUUGUCGCCCUUCGAGCAGCGCGCCUUCCCGCACUACUUCAGCAAGGGCAUCCCCAACGUGCUGCGCCGCAUCCAGGCCUCCAUCCUGCGCGUCGCGCCGCCAUUUGUCGCAUUUUAUCUUGUCUACACAUGGGGGACUGAGGAGUUUGAGAAAUCCAGGAGGAAGAAUCCAGCCACCUAUGAAAAUGACCAAUGAGCAGCUCAUCUGGAGGAUGGUUCCCGGUCUCUGAAAGACCCUUCUCUGGGAGAGGAGUCUGCAUUGUGUAGUGUCUUGAGGACACAAUAAACUUCUUAUGGGCUGCCA